AUGAUUGGGCCUUUGAAUCCAAAUAGAAUUAUUAAUUAUAUAUUAAUACAUUGCAUACCGGACAAGAAAGUGAGGAGAUACAGAAACAAAACGAAAAUGGGUUUAAGAAAGUUGGUUUUACACAUUCUCUUAAUCUUUUAUCUUGAGCACAAUUUUUCUUCUGUUAAUUCAAGGCCUUCCUCUGUUGAUACGUACUACGAGAGUAUUCCUCUCAGAGCCACAAAACCAGAUGUUGUUGGUUUUGAAGGAAAGGGUCGAGAAUUAGCUGUAGUUGUUACAAAAGGAGGCGGUGUAGGAUUGCAUGGCUUGUUUCGCUGGCGUGGUGGCGGUGGAGGAUGGCGUGGCUGGUUUGGUCGGCGUCGCGGUGGCGGUAACAACGGAAUAGGAGGCGGUGGAGGAUUUCCUGGUGGCGGCGGUGGAAGCACGGGAAAAGGAGGUGGUGGCGGCAAUGGUAUAGGAGGCGGUGGAGGACCUUUAAAACAGAUUCCGGUGCAAACUGGUGUUGGUGGUAUUGGUAGAUCUCGCCGUUCAAGCAGCAGCCGGAAUAUUGGAGGGAGAGUGUGCACUGUCUGUUGGUUGAGUUUAUUGGUUUUAACCGGUUUAUUACUGGUUUAGAAGGAUCUAAAGUAUAUGUUGGCCGUUUAAAUCAAAAUCUGUGAGAUCAAUGUUUGACAUCAGGUCUGGUUUGGUCUGAGAUAGAUUGGACCAAUGGUAAGUAUGUAAAAUGUUGAUUAAUACAUGUA